CAAAUAUAUGAGAACGAGCGCCAAAGGAGAAGAUAAAGAAACGGAAGCCAGAGAAAUAGAAGCAAUUAAGACCACAUCCAGUCUAAAGGAAAAAAUGUUUCUAACAAAACAAAACAAAUCAUUCCUUGGAAUAUGUUGGAUUAGUUUGAUUAUAUUUCUCUUAAAUUCAAUCUACGUUUUUGACAAUGAAAAGACUAAAUUGAUCAUUCAGGAAUCUGAGAAUUUGUUUUACCUCUCAGUAAAAAAUGUCAACACAAACAAACAAAAAAUGACUAUGAAACCAAAUGAGAGUCAGAUUUAUGCGAUGUCUUUGAAAGAGAACUUUACUACAUACAAAAAACAAAAGAUGGAAAAACGAAGUGAAAGUAUGUUGACACCUACUGCUUUUAGCACAAGAGAACAUAUGAAUGAAGUGCAUAAAGCAAUGUUUGAAAUGAAAAAUGAGAGUUUGUACAAAGAACAAACAACAAUCGAACCAAAUGGAAUUCUUACGAACACAAAAAAUGAUACUACAUUGACAGUCAAAGAUGUUACCAUUCAGCAGAGGAAACCGCUAACACUAAAAAUUCAUACACAAAAUUUACCACAUCAAGUCACAAAUCAACGCGAUGAUGAAUUCCUCAUUAACGAACACAUGGUGUGCGACAUGAAAACGGAUCUCUUGGUAAUCAUCAAGACAGCCCCAAGUCAUCUAAAACAUAGGGAAAUAAUACGUAAAACAUGGGGAAUUAUUACAAGAAUGAAUGGAUUCUCUUUACGCCAUAUAUUUCUCCUCGGUGAUGCUGGCUCAAAGAGUGUUAAUGAUGCAAUUCAGAAUGAAAGUAGAAUUUACAGGGAUAUCAUUCAAGGGGACUACAAAGAUGCAUAUAGGAACCUUACACUUAAAGUAUUGAAAGGGUUAAAAUGGGCCACAGAUUUCUGCAAAAAUGAAACAUAUAUCCUUAACACUGAUGAUGAUGUAUUUGUUAAUAUUCCUUCACUUUUAAUUCUUAUCAAAAAGCUACAGUCAAAUGGAGAACAGCAAAAUGGAUUAUUUUGUAGUGUGUUGAUUAACACACGACCCAUACGUGAUCCUAAUAGUAAGUGGUAUGUCACAAAAACGCAGUUCGAGCCUGAUAUAUAUCCAGAUUAUUGUUCUGGAAUGGCUGUUUUGUAUACAAAAAAUGCUGCUUUUGCAAUUUACAGAGCAUCUUUAACUGUUCCUUUUUUCUGGGUGGAUGAUGUGUACAUUACUGGGGUUUUAGCAGCUAAAGCUGGGAUACCUCAUACUCACAUUAAACUUGGAAUUGAAACUUGGAAUUUCUGGCCUAUGAAAAGUGAUCCUAAGAAAUUUAUUGCGAUUGAGCUCAAAAAGAUUCAAGGCAUGUUAGAAAUUUGGCGAAACAUAACAAUGCCGUAAUUAAAAACAUACUGUGUUUAUUUAACAUUUCAUUUAUUUUGAUCUAAACGUCUUACAUCUCCAAAAGACAAUCUCCAAAAGACUGCUAGCCCUCAACGUUUUACCCCUUAGACAAUUCACCCUUAAAGACCCAAUUUUUUAAAGUUUAGUACAUGUAUAUACAUAAUAAGAUUUUAUAGUAAUUUAUAUUUAUUAUAUUGAGAAAAGAUUAACAGAGAAAAAAAGUUUUAAAUUUUUUUCUAAAAGUUUUUGCCAAGGCUGUGACUCGAAUACCCUUGGGCCGAUUUUGUUCAUAUAUGGUACACAUAUACCCUAUGGGGGUACAAGUUCUGCUCGAAAGCCGAUUUUCAAAUUGGCCACUCAACAGUAUACCUUGUGGACAUUUCACUUCACAAUAUUUAACCUCCUGCCCAUUUGAUCCCCAUACAUUUUAAUCCUUGCAGAUUUCUAUCCCUGUACCUUUCACCAAUGGACAUUUCACCCUUUACCUAUUUGAGACCCAUACAUUUUAAUCCUUGCGGAUUUCUAUCCCUGUACCUUUCACCAAUGGACAUUUCUAUCCCUGUACCUUUCACUCAUGGACAUUUUAUCCCUACACGUUUGAUCCACUAUACAUUUCACUAAUGUACAUUUCACCCCUGCACACUCCUAUACAUUUUAGUCCCUGUAGAUUUUAUUUCCUGCACAUUUUACCCCAUGGACAUUUCACUAAUGAACAUUUCACUCCUGCACAUCUGAUUCCUUGUACAUAUCACCACAUAUAUACAUAUCAGACAUCAGAGGCAGCUAUUGUUUAUGUUUUUUAUUUUACAUGAUAUAAUAUCAUGCUCUGAAGAAGUGCUUGUUUGACUUAAAAAACUCGUAAAAUUGUUUAUACUACAUUUUAAAGACUCUAAGUAGUCUAAGUAGGAAAUAAAUAGUUAAAAUGAUUACUUUGUUUUGCCUUUGUUUAACCUCACUGUAAGUUUGUAAGAAUCCUUUUAUGAACCAAGAGGUUGUAAUCCCAUCCAAAUCCUUACAUUUUGUAUUACUUUACUAAUGAGGUAUUCCAUAGGCCCUUAAACUUGACUGAAUAUACAAUAAUAGCAUGUAAAAAGGAUAAAAUAAAAUAUAAAUAUGAUUUAUCACGAUUGAACGGUAAUGCUGAAGAUGUUUGCACUGCACACCCUAAAUAUUUCCUAGUGAGAGCCCUGUUUCAUGUUAUACAAAACCUUGAAAUGUGAACACCUGCCAGUCUGAACACUUGGCCAGCCUUAGUGGCAUUCAGAUUAGACAGGUUUUACUGUAGGGCAACAUUACAAUGUUAAUUGAAUUAAUUUAUGUUUCCUAGACCUUAAUUUUGUAAUUUUAAAAUUUUUCACAAACAAGUAGUGUGUAGAAGGUAUAGUACGCCUAGCUUUCCUUUAAGUUCAAAAGAAGCCAGCUUGUUAGCCUCUGGAAAGACACUUGUCCAUCCUUCCCUUUGUCCAUCCAUCUGACAACAAUUUAUAAAUUAGAUCUGCCUGAACUAAUGCUCAUAACUAUGUUAUGGGGUCCAUACUGGUACUUACUUUUGCCUAAUUUUGGAGAAAUGUUUUUUGUGUACUCAAAUAUCACAUUUUCCUCAAGUCGACUCUAAUAUGAAAACUGGAGCCAGGAGUCAACGAAAAAUGUUUCUUUUAUGUCUUUAUUUCUGCUAAAAUUGAUUUGUUGAGAAACUAUUUUUGUUCAACAUCAGUACAAAAAACUCCCCUAUGACUCCUGGUUAGCUCGCCUAUUUUCAAAAUGGUCGUCAUUUUUGUCUCGAGAAAUUCACUUUUGGCCCAUUUCCUAGCUUUACAAAGAAUUUCAGGUGUCCUGCAUUGUAAAAAGCCAUGUCAAUGUAAAGGGCAGUUGUAUGAAAUCAUUUUGUUACAAAAUAUCGGC